UACAAUUUGUCACUGGUCGGCUAAACUUCACGACUUCGAUGACUACGACGACUUCGACAAAGACGACGACGACGGUGAAUUUCGAUAAGCUUCCGACGUAAGACGAACCGCAGCGGAAGGAAACGGUUAAAGGCGCGCGUGAUAUUUCUGGUUCCUCCGACUAUGAGACAUUUUUUCAUGAGGGGCGAAGAAGGGUUACACGGAUGCCCCUCGCAGGAAUGGAUGAUGAAUGAGGAAAUUCGUGGAGACAUCUACGUUAGCCUGUUAUGCUGAGCAACUUCCGGAAAACGAUUUGUGGGUUGUGUAUCAGCUGACCUAGGAGCUGGAAACGAGCAUAAGCCAUGACAGUCGGGGUUCUGUAGAAACUGCAGCUUAUCAUGAACUGUGUAGCGGGGAUUGUGACGAAGAUAUAAUUCAGUGCUUCGAGUCAGACAGUUCAGAACAAUAAAAAUGCAUUUGUGUGGAUUCGCUGGGGGAUUAUCGGAAGAAAGCUGAAGGCUACAGCUCAGGGAAAGUGCGGAGAUUUGCGAGAAUGUCAUAAAAAAGAAAGAAGGAUAAUCUCAUCAAAUUAAAUCUGAUUAAUUGAAGGAAAAUAUUUUUCACUGUCAGUUUUAUGCUCCCUGGGGUGAGUGAAAUGAAAUUCUCCGUGGAACCCAGGAGGAGGACUACCCCAAGUGCAAUCCGCUAUAAGUAGGUCAUUUGUCUGUCCCAAAACGUAAGGAAAAAGAAAAAAAAAAAUCAACAAGCGACAGAACAAAUCGACUGGACACUCGGAACAAAUUGUGUGACCAUUGUGUAGUUUGAAGCAGUGAGGAUUAAUUAAAUUCAUUAAACAAAAUUAAUCUAUCCGGUGUAUCUUGUGGAAAGUUUGGUUCCAACCCCAGCUGGAAGGGAACCCGUCUGUAGUAUAAGAAAGUGUGGUAGCCGGUCGGGAAAGUGGAAAAUAAGUAAAUUAAUAUACGCUCCUUAAACAGGAUUAUCCGAGUUUUACCAUCCACCCGUUGGCCAUUCGCCACCUCCCUCCUUACCCAUCGUUGAAAAUACACAAGAACUUCACCGACAAGGCCUGUGAAAUCCUGUGAAAACCGAUAGCAUUGUUUGGUCGAAGUAGAACUGAGAGAAAAAGCGCGUGACAAAGUCUGAAGAAAGUGAUUUUUUUUUCUUCGAACCUCACUCCCCCCUUACAAACCGCGACAUACCUUCAGAAGAGAUAGGAGGCCUCGUUUGUUAUAGCCCCAUCGACAGUGGAUCGUCUUUUUUCCGGUUUUAUGUUUAUACCCCAUUUUGCUCCGGUUUUUUCCCCAGUAGCAAGAAGAAAUUAUGAAGUUCGUCGUGUGAAUAAAUUGUCUUCCUGCGAUUACGACUGAAGAGAAGACGCUUGCCGGGGUCUUUUCCGAGAAACGACACGGUGAGUGGCCGGAAAUGGAAUUUAAGUGAAACGAGUGAUAGAUACCUACCAAGUCGACCGAAGGAAGAAAUCCGAAUCCAGAAGCCAAGAGCGCAUCCAACGACCGCAAGAAGACGACCGCGUCCGAAAGAAAUUGUCGCUCGCCGUAGAGCCUUUGAAGAAUGAAAAGUGAAAAAUUAUACCACGGUAAAAUUAAGCGGAAAAUCCUUUCCGUUUGUGUGAAUCUGUGAUUCGAAGGGAAAUGUGAAGUGGUGUCCCGUUUCAAAGAGGGGAAAAAUACCUGUGUAUAUUUUUUCGUCAUAACCACAAUCGAAACAACAGUGAUAGGAAGGAAGCAGCAGCAGCAGCGGCGUGGGAGAGCACAACAGCGACAUCGAGAAGAAAGAGCGCCACUUUACCUCCCAUAUGGAGGCUCUCCCCAGCGGAUUGGCAGUCCAUAAAUCACCGCCACCUGAAAGCAAUGCGCAAACAUGUGUGUGACAACGGAAAUUUAUCUGUCUGUGCCAAGUGAAACGGAAAAUCCUCUCCCGAAACCACUUUUUAUCAAUAUUCACAAAACAAUAAAAAUAAAAAUAAAACAUAAUCAACGUAAUUGAACUCCAUAACAUUUAUCAAGGAAACUUCAAACACACACUCAUUUUACGUUCCUUCCCACCCAUCUGGCUCUCAUUUUUCCGCCUGUCUCAAGCUUGUGGUUUGCGUUGGCAGGAGUACUGAUUUUCACAACUGAGGAAAAGCACACUACCCCUCCCCUUUCCUGAUGCAUGCAAGAGAAAACCGAAACAUUCUUCUCGACACCGGUGGAGGAAUCUCAGGCUCUCAGUCCCAAAGUCCCACGUGUGGUCUUCGGUAUCGAAAUCGAUGCGUUCAAUCACUUCCCAAACCAGGCUUCCCAUGUUGCCAACAAGGACGACGUUGAGAACAGCAGCAGUUUAGCUUCACAAACCGUAGAGAAGCGAAAAAGAUUCAAGCAACAACCAGCCAUAAUAAUAAUACUAAUAGUAAUAAUAAUAACGCCCAAUCCUCGACGACUUUGGGAAGCAGCCCGGAAGAAUCGUUGUGGUGGGCAGCUUCGGUCCUAGGAGAAAAUCUUUUGGCACAAUAGUGUAGUGGCGUAACAGUAGAGCCAAUAGUCAAGAGUGGAGAAAAAGUGUUCAAGUGUGAAAAUUCCAAUACCCAAUCGUAUAGUGGGUGGAAAAAGAAGAUUCAACCUAAGGAAGAAAAAGUGCAGAAUCCCGAGUAAGCUCUCCCUAGUGUUCAGAGGAAAAGAGCUAGCGAGUCGUGCAGUUUAUCGCAAUUAUUAUCACGCAGAGGUGCAUUCGACGGCGAUGGGAAAAAUGAAACACGGCAUUGCAUUCAAAUUUAAUCAAGUGUUUCAUGUUAUAUUUAUAAAUGUAUUUAUCGCGCAUUUCACGCUCGGAUUACAGCUGCCUGCACUUGACAAGGAUAAACAUGUUGCUGUAUCAUCGGAAAUUCAGGCGGUGGAAGGAAGGAAAAUUUCCCUGCCCUGUCCCUUGUCCGCCCCGUCCCGGGACAAGGUUUACAUGGUGCUCUGGUUCAAAGACGAUGCCGGUAUUCCACUCUACAGCUUCGACGUACGGGGGAAGCCCUUACAGAAAGCGAAACACUGGUCAGCACCAGAAAGCUUUGGUUCCCGGGCGCAUUUCAACACGGACACAGAUCCGGCCACGCUGGACAUUCAGGAUAUUCGACGACAUGACGAGGGUGUCUACCGCUGUCGAGUUGACUUUCGUACCAGUCAAACGCAGAGCUUCCGAUACAAUCUCAGCAUCAUCAUUCUACCUGAGCAUCCGAUAGUACUCAAUCAGUGGGGUCAACAACUCAACAGCUCCAUACUGGGUCCGAAGGAAGAAGGUGACGAUAUUAUGCUGACUUGCCGAGUUGUGGGAGGUCGGCCGCAGCCUUCGGUCAAGUGGCUCAUCAACGGGACACUGGUGGACGAGCAGUACGAACACAACUCCGGCGAUGUGAUCGAAAAUCGGUUACUGUGGCCAGCGAUUCAACGGUCUGAUCUGAAUUCGAUAUUCACCUGCCAGGCAACGAACACCGAUCUGGUACAACCGAAGGAAAGCAACUACGUGCUGGAUUUAUACCUGAAACCAUUGAGUGUGAAGAUAAUAAACCCACCGACACCAUUAGUAGCCGACCGACGGUACGAAAUCACCUGCGAAAGCGUUGGUUCGAGGCCAAAUGCAGUUAUAACGUGGUACAGAGGAAAGCGACCGUUCAAGAAACCAAAGGACUCCGGUAUAAACUAUAACAACAACACAACGCGUUCACUGUUGAGCUUUGUACCAGUGACGGAAGACGAUGGAAAGUUGAUAACGUGUCGCGCUGAGAAUCCAAAUGUCACCGGACUGUUCCAAGAAGACUCGUGGAAGCUUGAAGUCGUCUAUCCACCAAUCGUCUCGCUGCGUCUCGGUUCGACACUCUCGGCAGACGACAUCAAGGAUGGAGACGAUGUUUACUUCGAGUGUCAGGUCACGGCGAACCCCCCAUGGAGGAAAUUACACUGGCUGCACGACGGUCUGAUGAUCACUCACAAUGCAUCCGCACGGGUGAUUCGCUCGAACCAGAGUCUCGUCCUGCAGAAGGUGAACCGUAACUCAUCCGGAAAUUACUCGUGCAGCGCAAUCAACGCCGAGGGAGAAACGGUCAGCAAUCAACUCCUGCUUCGAGUGAAGUAUGCCCCAGUUUGCGCCACCGAGAAAAUAAUCAUCGUGGGAGCUUUCCGCAGCGAACCGUUGCACAUUCCGUGUGAGGUACAUGCCGAUCCACCGCCGCGGCAAUUUUUCUGGAAAUUUAAUCACUCCGGCGAAACGCUUGACAUCAACAAAGAGCGGUUUGUGAAAAAUGGGUCACUGAGCAUCUUGAGCUACACGCCGGUCUCGGAUCAGGACUACGGUACGUUGACUUGCUGACAGAACGAGGUCGGCAUGCAGCAGUGGCCCUGUUUUUCCAAGUGGUUUCUCGCCGGAUUGCCAUCGACGGUGAAAAAUUGCUCGAUAAACAAUCAAACGCAGAGCUCGGUUGAAGUGCAGUGCAUUGCUGGAUACGAUGGCGGUUUACCGCAGAUUUUCAUGCUCGAGCUGAUAUCAAGUAGAAGUGGAAGGAUGAGGUACAACAUAACGAAUCCUGAUGAACCAUAUUUUGCGAUAGAGUCGCUGGAAUCGUUAAUCCACUAUACAAAUAUGUACGACGACCUGGGUGACGACAACGCAUUCAAAGCCGUCAUCUAUGCUGUCAAUCAGAAAGGAAGAAGCCAAGGAGUAGUCGUUAAGGACUUCUAUCUCGAAAACACCAGCACAGAAAACCGAGCCGUCCUAACGAGCACCUCACUAGACAGUAUCUCGCCGAUCCUGUUGGGCGUUUUGUUCACCCUGCUGGUGCUGUGUGUCGUUAUCUUCGUGCGAAUAUACUACAUCAAGACCACUACCACCUCCACCAUUACGAGCGUUAGCAACGAUUUGGUUAGUAAUAGCAAACAUAAUGGCACCAAGCCGGAAUCUGCGUCCAAGAAGAGCUCCAAGCAAAGCCCCAGAUGGCAGCAUGGGGCAGGCCCGGGUGGAAAUAGUGGCGGUGGCCUAGGAGGAACUGGGUGUACCAGUGGCCAUCAACAUGGGGGACUUGGCGUUGAUGGCAAAGGUAAGGAUGGCAAGCUCGACUCGGCAGAGGAUGACAGAGGCGAUCCGGACGUGAUUCCAGCACAGUACGUGUCAAACGAUGGAGAGGACUCCAGUUUCAAUUCGUCCAAAUGGCCCAACGGGAGCUAUUACGAUCCGUAUCCAAACCAUGAUAUACGACCGACGGAGUUACUGAUACCGCCUUCCGGCAUGGGCCACCUCGGAGGCAUCGCUGCCAUGCACGGAGGCAGUGCAACGUCCACGCCGGUGGUAAAUCAAUUACACCAGAAUAUUAAUCAGCCCACGGACCCCACGGCAACCCUCAAGUUGGGUGCGUACUAUUCAUCGACCCCGGUAGCAGCAGCAUCAGGGAACAAGGGCCUGGGAGGAAUUGCUCCGAAUGGUGGUCCAACGAUAGCACUCUACGGAAGCAGCCAUCACCACCAUCCGUCAAGCGGACUAUUGGUGCCGAAUGGAGGAGCACCCGGAACUGGCCUCAUCACAACCACUGGCGGCCCUCAAGGGGUCAAUCCGAACGAUUAUGAUAUCAAUGUACAUACAAUCAAAAAUAUGCUGAUGACUACCAGGGUGCCGGAGAGUUGUGUUUAGAUAGCUGACGAUGUUGGAUGCAAAAUGUUUGAAUAUGUUUGCUCUUCGCAGAGGGGUGCAAUCCCCCAAAAUGUGUUGCGCGAAAAUUGGUUUAAAUAGUGUGUUGUUGGUAUGUUUGAUUGAAUAAAAUUUAAAUAGCAAAUGAAGGGAAAAGUGUAAACUGUAUGAUGAAUUCAUUUGAGGAGAGUAUCAAUAAU